UUUACCAAGUUUUUCUUGGUUACGUAUAUAUUGGUAACUACAACCAUUGACUUGGUUGCCGUACCCAUGUACACUUAGUUAGUUUGACAAUUCAAAUUUGGUUGGAACUAUUGGUGCUUAUAACCAACGCAAUUGGUUGAAGUAACCAAAAAACUGUAUUGCGAUUGAUCACCCAGAAAUUAGUUCUCACAACCAAUGACCGUAGCUAGUUUAACCAAGUUCUUGGUGAAUUAAAAAGCAUGGCUGCACUGCAGUCGAAGACUGAACGUGCUAACGUACGGAUGUCGUUGCGUCGUCGUUGACGAUUUUUCUCAUCGACGUCGUGUGCGGGUUAUCGGUCGCGGUGAAACGCGAGCGGUAAGUAGUAUAGUAAUGCUAAUUCGAAGCCAUGGUGCUUGCGCGGGGGUACAGGGCCAGGGAAUCCCCGCGCCGCUGAGAUCCCCCCUUCCCGCCGAGAUUUCCUCGCCCUGCACAAUGGCUUCGAAUUGAUAUUGCUGUACUGUUGCAGUAAACCCUUCGGCAGUGAGUUUCUCGGUCGUGUCCCGAUAACUGCGUGUUCGCGGUAUCAGUGUGUGAGGUAUCUUGGAGAACGGGAGCGCGGCGGGAAUCGCCGACGGACCCGCGAAGUCCUUCAUCAACCUAACCUAAUCUUCAGCACGCGGCGGCCAGCGGAGAAUCUACGUCCCGGAUUCCGGGACGACGCUCGCGAGCCCCGAGGGGUUCGUCGACUUUUUCCGCGCGCUCGGCGGUCGACUUCAUAAAUAUUGGACACGAAUACGCGCCACAUACGUACGCCGCCGUCCCGACCGCGAAAGGACGGACGAGGCCGCGAGGGAAGAAAUAGGGGAAGUCGCGGCUUGAUAGCCGCGGAUCGCGCUGAGGUGAAUUAUGAGCAUGCGACGUUCUCCAGCGCGCCGUCAUCGUCACCGUCAUCAUCAUCGUCGUGAUCACUGUCCCGCGAUCGCCGGUUGCUUCGCCGUAAUCGAAGACUUUUUCCACAAGUGCAUCGACCGCGCGAAUCUUCGUCGUCGUCAUCGUCAUCGUCACCGUCUUCACCGUCGUCGCAGUGCAAUGAUGGAAGAAAGUGUGGCGGAUUUAUUGAAAAAUUGGGGAUUUGAGAAAUUUGUCUCAAUAUUUGAAGAUGAGUCACCAGUCACAAUUUUGCAUAAGUUUGCUAAACUUUUUGAGCCAGUAAUACUGAAUGCACGAAUUGGCAAAUUCAAGACGCGGCCGACUAGAGCAGAAAUUGCGGAAGGAUUGGUAUUGCACGUAAAGGUUAUUGACGAUUUGAUGCCAGCAAUUAACCGCAUGCGCUUGAAAGCUGAGCAGCUAAAAACAACAUUGCAACCCCUAGCGGCAGUUGUUGGUCUCACUCCGCAAAAUAUAACUGCAUCGUUGCAAUAG